CGGUGCUUUUUUCACACAAGACUGUCUGACCCCCCCACCGACGAGCCACUUCCUCUUUUGUCUAAUUUCAUGGCGAUCGGGAGAGAGGGAACACCACCGACGCACGCACACUGUCUCAGCACUCCUGAAAGAGUUUAACCGGGUGUAAACUAAAUCGUAAAUCUGACUGGCACAAGGACAUUGUUCCCCAGGUGAAAUUACGUGGACAACACUGAAGGGGCUCCAUAGCACUUGGAUCUGUUCUUCUCUGUCCCAGGUUCAGACUGCGUAGUCUAUGGCUCUGAUGGACAAACACAAACAGGUCAAGCGGCAGAGACUUGACCGUAUUUGCGAGGCUACCAGCUCCCUUCCCUCCUCUGCAGUCUCACCAUUACCUCCUGCCCUCUAUCCAAGUAUCCGACCCCCAAUCCUGAACGGGCCAAUGCACCCACGGCCCCUGGUUGCCCUGCUGGACGGGCGCGACUGCACUGUGGAAAUGCCCAUCCUUAAGGAUGUGGCCACAGUGGCCUUUUGCGAUGCCCAGUCCACACAAGAGAUUCAUGAGAAGGUGCUAAAUGAGGCAGUGGCUGCUCUUCUCUACCACACCAUCACUCUGUCCAGAGAUGACUUGGAAAAGUUUAAAGGCCUGCGCGUGAUUGUCAGGAUUGGCUCUGGCUUCGACAACGUUGACAUCAAAGCAGCUGCUGAACUAGGCAUUGCAGUCUGUAACGUGCCAGCGUCCUCAGUGGAGGAGACAGCAGACACUUCGCUAUGUCUGAUCCUCAACCUGUACAGGCGAGUCACCUGGAUGCACCAGGCCCUCAGGGAGGGAACUCGUGCCUCCAGUGUGGAGCAGAUCAGGGAGGUAGCUGGUGGUGCAGCUCGUAUCCGGGGUGAGACGCUGGGCAUUAUCGGUCUAGGGCGUGUUGGCCAAGCGGUGGCUCUGCGGGCUAAGGCCUUUGGUUUUGGUGUGAUCUUUUAUGACCCCUACCUGCCCGAUGGUGUGGAGCGCUCACUGGGAUUGCAGCGUAUGGCCACUCUGCAGGACCUACUUAUCCACUCUGACUGCGUAUCCCUGCACUGCAGCCUCAACGAGCACAACCACCACCUCAUUAAUGACUUCACCAUCAAACAGAUGCGUCAGGGAGCCUUCCUGGUGAACACAUCAAGAGGCGGUCUGGUUGAUGAAAAAGCGUUGGCUCAGGCCCUGAAAGAAGGCCGGAUACGAGGGGCUGCCCUGGAUGUCCAUGAGACAGAACCUUUCAGUUUUUCAACAGGCCCUCUGAAGGAUGCCCCCAACCUGAUCUGUACCCCACAUACAUCCUGGUACAGUGAGCAAGCCUCUGUGGAGGCUCGCGAGGAGGCAGCCAGGGAGGUUCGCCGCGCCAUUACCGGGCGUAUCCCUGACAGUUUGAAGAACUGCGUCAAUAAGGAGUAUCUGAUGGCAGCCUCUCAGUGGCCCAGCAUGGAGGCUGCCACUGUUCACCCAGAACUUAAUGGAGCCACUUACAGAUUUCCCCCAGGUCUGAUCAAUGUCGCAGCUGCAGGGGGUCUCCCAGGAGCAGGCGCAGGGGUUGAAAGCCUUGUUACAGGAACCCUGGCGCACGGCAUUGCCCCCGUCUCCCACCCCCCCCCCCCCCCCCCCCCCCCUAAGGCCGAAGCCGACAGAGACAUCCCCUCUGACCAAUAGCCCCCCCUGCCGCCGCCAGCACAUUCCGUCGCCUCUGGAAACCACCCCCCACCUCCCAGCAUCAGACACAGCCCGACCCUCCAGAACAUCGGCCGCACCAGUUUGACAUGUGUAUCUACGAAGUCUUGUUCCUAAGAUCACACAACCAGCCCAGGAGUGACCUACCCACAGCUAGCCCCAUCCCAUCCACACCCACACAUCCCUCCAUCCUCAUCCUCAUCUCACCUACUUACCGCCCACCCCCCCCAUCGCCCCCUCACUCCCCCACAACGUCAGCAAUAACUGUGUUCUCAAGGAUUCAAUGAUUGGAUUGGUUUAUAUCCUUAGUUGGCUGUUGUUUUAAUGGAAAGUUGACCUGUUGUGGUUCUAGGUGUUAAUGUUUUGUUUGUGAAAAACGAAAAAAAAAAAAAAGCAUUUCUGACAUGAGGCUUUGCAGUCUGCUGCCUCCUGACCAGUAGAGGCACAGAGGCAGAAAAGUUGAAGCCCCCCUUUGUACAUUAAUGGCUCAUGUUACUGCUCUCUUCUUCUUUUCUUCUUUUUUUUUUCCCUCCCCCCCUCCACCUUUUCUUGUGACGGGGGGAAAAUGUGUAUUAAAGUAAACCAGACAGAAUCACAAACCGUACAUCCUGUCCUUCCCCACCAGGCGUCUUGCUUCCCCUCAGCCCAGUCUGGCCCUUAGCUCUCCCUGGCAAUGUUGUCCGCUUGCUCAUCAGAGGGAUCCAUAAUGCUGUCAGCGUGGAGCUCUCUCAGACUGUCAAAGUAUCUGCUCCUCUCAUAUUGCAGAUAAGGAUACCUGACAUCCUUUGUGAGUUUUAGGACCCCUGUAUUUACACACGCUUCGUCCCUCAUGGGUUUUUUUGUCAUGAGUUAAUAGCGUCGUAUCAGAGAGCACUUAGGCGUGGAUUUCAUCUCAUGCCAGCCACGGGAGUGCUAUAUGUGUGAGGUCUGCAGCUUUUUCUGUCUGGAAAGACAACAGCAUGCCAGCAGAGGGCGCUGUCCGCCCGCUCAGAGCUGAGAGAGCUGCACGCCGCUCAUUUUAGUCAGCUGUAGUGACGAAGAACAUGAUCACACACUGCCAACAUUCACAACACAGGACGGGUGAGCAGGGAUCGACCUCCGCCUUAUUGUUUAACAAGAUCUCACUGCACCUCACCACCACCACCCUGCACCCACCCACCCACUCCUCUCCCACUGUCAUGGCCCACCCUCCACAUCUGCUCAUGAACCAGUAUGCAUCCACCAAUUCCUUUAAGUGUGAGGGGACAGUAGAGUUUAGAUUCCCUGAAGGAGCAAGGGGGACAGUGUUCUUGCAUGCUGGCUUUGUUAAUGACAGUGGUGUGUGCGUGUGCGCGCGUGUGUGUGUGUGUGGGUUUGUAUGUGUGUUCGUAUGUUCCCUCACCCUGUUAUGAUAACAAGCUAUUGUCUUUCCAAAGGAAUAGUCCCUAGGAGUAACUCUUCAAAGCUGUUGCCCUGGUGUCAAGGGAACACCUUUCUAGUACCUCAGUAACAGAUAUUGAAUGUACCGUGCAUACCCUUUUAUUUUUUGUACAGAUUUUCUAGAUACUUCUUUACUAUUCUUUACCAGAAGGGUUGUGAAAUUGUAGCAGUAAUGAUACAAUACAAAAGAAGCAUUGCCCCCGUGAUAUGAAUUGACAAAAUCUACGUAGGUUCGCUAUAGGUCACUGAAUACUCAGGCUUCAAAAACAAUGCGUAUCUCUUUGCCUUUACCUUUAAUUUCCUCAUUGUGGAAAAUUCAGCACAACGCUUUCCCAUUCUUAGACUUCAGACUGUAGUUGAUGUGCUUCGACCUCCAUCUUACUGGCUAUUGAAAAAGGAAGAAAAAACAAGGCGGUCGUCGUGGUCUGCUUUUUUUUUUUUUUUUUUCUUUUUUUAGAACAGAAGUAGUAGAUGCAGUUUUGUUUUUACCCCCCUUCAUUGUCAGGCUGCUCUAUCUAUAGUGCAUGUGAGGUAAUUUUUUAGGGGAAAUACUAUUGGCUUAAAGAAUUUAUGUCAUCUUGCUGUUUCCCUUUGCUCCCCGACCCCUCCCUCAGAGUGUUUUCAACCCGAUUUGCCAUUUUUGUCGUGGUCAGUUUCCAGUGAUGUACAGUUUUCCCUCAGAGUCUAUGAGAGACAUGGAGCAUGUCUGUGUCCUGAGAUGCUAGGCUCCUCUGUCAUGUGAUGAGUAUAUAUUUUUUAAAAAUAACCCCCAUAGUUCCGAUUAUGAGCAUAAUAGUAAUCUUAAAUUUUUGCUGUUGAUGAUUAUAUAUAUAUUUUUCAGUUCAGCGGUGCACUGUUAUGAAAACCAUUCUGUUUUAUUGUAGGAUUUCAUUUUUAUGGAUAUGCUGUCUGUGUUCUACAUGUUGUACUGAAACAUUUCGGAGAAAAAAAAACAAGAGAUCCCUCUCCUGGUGUUUUUUUUUUUUUAUUUUUUUUUUUAAAUGCGUCUUAUCCCAACUGUCUUUUCCAGCUGAUAUCCUCUGGGCCUUACUUAUUCUCUCCCUGUAAAAAUAGCUGUUAUAGAAAGUCGC